AUGCGCACCCAAACCAUCCUCCUCGUCCUCGCGGCCGCCACCGCCGCCGUCGCCACCCCCCUCCGCGAGACGGCCGACAAAUUCCCCCCCUUGCCCCACCACACGAAAUCGACCCUCACGACCAUCGUGACCAGCGUGACCCUGGCCUCCGCCUCCGCCUCCGCCGAGCAGGCGGAGACCAAGUCCACCCUUCAACCAUCGCGACAUUCCCCAAGCGACCCCCGUCAUUCCCAUACCCAUUUCCCCGUCCACGCCGCCCCGCCCCAGUCACCGUCCCCAGCGUCAGCGUCACCGUCACCGGAGCAGUUGAGUCCCUCGACCUCGACCUGGAGGUUGGCCUUGGCCUCCGCCUCCGCCUCAGCCGAGCAGGCCGAGACCAAGUCCACCUUCGACCCGUCGCGUCAUUCCCCCAGCGACCCCCGUCAUUCCAAUUCCCAUACCCGCACCCAUUCCCCCACCAGCACCCGUUCCCCUGUCUACGCCACCCCAGAGUCCGUCACCCCAGACCAGCCCACAUCGCUCACCUCGCCAGCGGAGGAGGAAGACCAGGAAGACCCCACCGACGAGCUCCACGCCAACGCCUGUCUGAACUGGGCGUGCGGAGGCGACGUGUGCCCGGACGGCUACAACUGCCGCCAGGCCAGCAAGUACCUGGGCGCCUUCUGCUUCUGCGGAAGAAAUUGGCUUCCUUUCCAGUAG